AUGACGACGAAAUUCCAAAGGCUUGUGAGGUUUAGAGCCUCGGACGGUCAAAUAUACUAUGGCGAAGCCGGUUCGGACUGGGAGUCUGACCUCAAGGGCAGAGAAGUCCAAAUCUUUUCCGGCGCUGACCCGUUUGACAGUAGUUUUCGGUUGUCGGAGAAAAAGGCUGUCAUUUCUGAGGUCUUAUGCCCUCUUGACAAGGUGCCGAUCGUUCUAGGUAUUGGUUUGAAUUACAGGAAGCAUGCCGAGGAAGCAGGCUUUCCUAUCCCAACCUUCCCGGUUGUUUUCACCAAGUAUCCAGAUACCCUAGCGGGCCCAUUCGAGGACAUCCCUAUCGACCCGGAAGCAAAAGAGCUGGACUACGAAGGCGAGCUCUCAGUUGUCAUUGGCAAGGAUGCCAAGAACAUCUCCGAGGGAGAAGAUCCCAUGAAUUAUGUCCUAGGCUUUACUGUUGGCAAUGAUGUUUCGUCCCGUUAUUGGCAGGUCGCACCAAGGUCAGGAGGUCAGCACGGCCCGGCCAAAUCCUUCGACAAGUUUGCCCCAAUCGGCCCCGUCAUCGCCUCACCUGAGGCCGUUGUCAAUCCCGAGGGCCUCAAACUACGCACCUGGGUCAAUGGCGAAUUGAGACAGGAUGGGAAGACAGAUGAUUUGAUUUUCGGCAUAAGUGCUAUCAUUCGACAUCUGGCCAGAGGCACCACGAUCAGAAAAGGGACGGUUAUCAUGACAGGCACCCCUAGUGGUGUGGCCGCUUUCAUGAAGCCGGCAGCCUGGCUGGGUAAUGGCGAUACCGUAGCGAUAGAGAUUGAGCGCAUCGGCAAAAUAUCGAACAAGAUGGUCUUCGGAAGCUGAUCAAUGAGACUCAGUUUGGGCGUGAAAGGCUCGAAUAAAGCACACGAAGCCUCACGGGGGAUCUCCCUCUUAACCUGAUCAUUGUUGGAAGUUAACCCUAG